AUGGACAAGGCUUAUUUGUUGGCUGACAAGUAUGAGGUUCCCGGUAUGGAGCUUUACGUUCGUGGUCUUGUCAAGAAUGAAGUAAAACAGUACCAAGCGAGACACGAUGUUGUAGUCUGGAUGCUGGAUGAUGUCUUUGGAAAGACAAUCAACACAAAGUCCCACAUCGCCUUGAGGGAGCCUUUGCUUCGCCUCGCCGUCAGCAUGCGUAAUGAUGAGUCAAUGUGGGAAAAUCUCCAACCGGUCAUGAGAUCACACCCAGAAUUUUCCGUAGGGCUGGCGAAUUAUUUUCACCGCAUGCUCGGCAGGAAACGCAUUGCGUGCUGUUUGGAGGAAAACGAAGAGACUCAAGACCCAGACUUGGACGCCACUGACAUACGGUGCUAUUCCUGCGGUGAAUGUGGCGCCAGCAAGAGAAACGCAGCAUAUGCCAACGACUCUAUUUCCGAUCGUUGCGGCGAUUCUGAAUCUCGUCAACUCAGGGAUGAGGAAUUUUCCGAGGAUUGGGAGGCGGAGGAGCUGAAGUGCGCGAAAGCUGCUGCUGGGCCUUGA